CAACUUUACGCUGGUUUUGUCAGCAGGGAGCCAACAAGACUUUCUCAGCAUGUCUAAGACUCAAGAAAAAAUGUUUAUUCCGCAAUAUAUGUUUUCUCAGUCGGAUAUUUUUGGCUGGGAAACACGUAGGAGAUGCUUUAGGUUAAUAGACAGGUUUAACCUGACUAAAUAAUCACUCACUUCGUACUAUUGUCAUUUAAAUCAUUAGCCACUGUUCGCCUACGUGUUACCUGCCAAAAAGCUCAAAUCUGUGAAGACUGUUGUCAUGACCGCAACACAACAAAAUGUCCAAUGCAGUCUGGCUUUAAUACAAAUCUUACAAGGUAUAAACAAGUAUCCAACUGAUUUAGAAUGCGCGCGUGAUUGCGGGAAUGUUAAUCUGACCAUGCUUUCAAAGUGUAACUCUAUCUGCAUGAAGUUACAAUAAUUACAGACUGGGCUUUGCUUUAAUAAAAGGACAAAGACUUUCUCCAAGUUUGGCCUGCCCCUUUAACAGCAGUGCAGCCCUAGUGGUGAUUAUCGGACUGUCCGGUUCCCUGGAAACUCUGCGGCGCAGCUCUCACUUUAAACCGGGAUCAUGGCGGCUCCGCUCGGGCGGGACACACUACCUGAGCACUGGUCCUACGGAGUGUGUGGGGAUGGCAGGGUCUUUUUCAUCAACGACAAAACUCGCAGCACUACUUGGCUCCAUCCCCGCACUGGUGAGCCUGUCAACUCGGGACACAUGAUACGAUCAGAUUUACCGCGGGGAUGGGAAGAGGGCUUCACCGAGGAAGGCGCCAGCUACUUUAUAAACCACAACCUGAGAACGACGACAUUCAGGCAUCCUGUGACGGGACAUAUAUCCUCAGAAAACACUGACUUCGUUUUACAGGACCAGGCAAAUUUACGCAUGUCCAAGCCACCACCAGAGCCGAGGCCUCCCAGUAUGGUCAGCGAGUCCUCUGCCGCCGUCUCCUCAUCCCCUGCAGACACCACCUCAGGAUCCAGGAGUUUGAAACCCAGUGGGAAGGUGCAUUGCUUUGGCAAGCGUGACCAUUCCAUCAAAAGGAACCCUAAUGUCCCAGUGGUGGUGAGAGGAUGGCUCUACAAACAGGACAGCUCAGGCAUGAGACUGUGGAAGAGGAAAUGGUUUGUGUUGUCUGAUUACUGCCUGUUUUACUAUAAAGAUAGUCGAGAGGAGACGGUUCUGGGAAGCAUUCCUCUGCCCAGCUAUGUCAUUUCCCCCGUGGGACCCGAGGACCACAUCAGCCGCAAGUAUGCCUUCAAGGCCUGCCACACGGGAAUGCGCUCCUACAUUUACAAUAAGAAUUCUCUGAUUGGCUCGCAGGCCGAGCACUGUGGCAUGAGGACCUAUUUCUUCAGCGCUGACACACAAGAGGACAUGAAUGGCUGGAUCCGGGCCAUGAACCAGGCUGCGCUGAUGCAGAGCCAUGGCGUGAAGAGAGAAGCCGAAAGAAGCUUCAAAUCUGAGCAGCAAGCAAUCCCUCAGACCAACCAUUUCAGCAGCAGCAUCAAAAGCUCCUCCCAGGCUGAGGGCCUCCAGCAGGCAGUGCAUGUGGAGGUGGCAGAGCUGAGGCCAGAACGAGAUGGGGAGGACUGCUAUGUUUACAGCAAGGAAUUGAUGGAGGGUCCUGUUCAAAUCUCCUCUGGAGAGUUGGAGAUGGAAGGGAUUUCCCAAUCAGGUGCUCAUUCUCGCCCACCUUCCACAGUGCCCACUCACAGGAAUGGGCUGCCCCCCUCGGGCAUACCCCCUGAUCAGAACGGGAACAUGGUGUAUAAGAGGGGUCUCGUCCCCCGUACAGACACAGAGAAAAAGGUGCAAAGGAAAACUGCGCUGGCUCAGGUCGAGCACUGGGUGAAGGUGCAGAAAGGAGACCCCAAAAGCCAUCCCACUGUUGAGUACACCCUACCCAGACGGACACCACCUCUCCAGCCUAAGUCUGUCAUGAUGGAGACGUACCAGUCGUUGCCAAAGACCACUCGCCACCACUCCGGAGGCAGUUCCCCACCAGUGCCCCGCAACCUGCCUAGUGACUACAAGUAUGCUCACGACCGUCUUAGUCACUUUCGUAUGUCCUCUGAUGAGCGGAUGGCCACUAAAGAGGGCAUGGUGUGGCAGCUGUACGAAUGGCAGCAGCGUCAACAGUUCCGCCAUGGAAGCCCCACUGCACCAAUCUACACCGGCCCUGACUACAUGGACACGUCUGCCUUCAGAGUUACUCUGGAAAUGCCACGAUCCAUAUCUGUGCCACCAUCACCAUGUGACAUACCCCCACCCGGCCACCCCUCCAAGUCCUUGUCCCCACGCAGGCCCCAUACGCCCGUAGACAGGGUGACCGUGCGCCCAUUGGAUGAUUUCACCACCGUGGACACUCCCAGUUUGGGUUCUCCCAGAGGAAUAUGUUCCCAGAUCUCAAAGACCUCACAAAUAGAGAGGAGAUCCAUGCCAACAAUGGGAUACAUCACGCACACAGUCAGUGCACCAAGUCUGCAUGGAAAAACGCCGGAGGAGUUGACCCUGCUGCUCAUCCAGCUCAGGAGACACCGGGCCAAGAUGGCCAGCGUGCGCAGCGACACAUUCACACACCUGCAGAACCAGCACAACGGCCUCUUAGGCCCCAGUUUGCAGGCAGAUGACACUUACAUCCAGCUGAAGAAGGACCUGGAGUAUCUAGACCUGAAGGUAACUGGACGUGACUCGCUUAAAGAUGGACCACCUCGGCCGGUUAAAAUAGCUGAAAGUGACAUAGAUGUAAAGCUUAGUAGGUUAUGCGAGCAAGACAAGAUCCUACAAGAGCUGGAGGCCAGGAUACGCACACUCAAAGAAGAUAAGGACAAGCUCGAGUCAGUUCUGGAUGUUUCCCAUCAGCAGAUGGAGCAGUACCAGGAUCAGCCCGCCCAUGCAGAGAAGAUUGCCUAUCAACAGAAGCUGUUACGGGAGGACGUGGUCCACAUCAGGGCGGACAUCUCACAGGUGUCCACGGAGAUGGAGAACGCUUGGGCUGAGUACAGCCAAUUGGAGAGAGAUGUGGACAGACUGCGGUCAGCCCUUCAAGACCAGAUGACACACAGUGCUCUCUCUCAGCAGGAGAAAUCUCAGCUGAGGAAGGAGCUGUGGCGGAUCGAGGACGUGCUUGCAGGCCUGAGCUCCAGCAAAGCCAACUACAAAGUGACCAUUGACUCUGUUCGGAAUCCAGGUGAGAGCGGGCCCCUGCCUGCCAUCACCCCCAUGCACUGGAACACAGACCGAGAGAGGAAACUCGUGCCUUCAGCGUCAUUGUCCGCAGUGCCUUCUCUCUCUGCGAGCCCAUCUAUGGGUGAACUAAAAGCUGCUCAGUCCAGCCCCCAUCUCAGCCCGCUGCAGUCUACCCAGCAGCCCUUGCAGCUCUCACGUACAGCGCACAAGCCAAAAUGGCCUGAAGAAGACGCUCCACCCAGACCCCCUCUCCCUCACCUCUACAGUCCAGACGAACACCCCCCGGCUGUGCCCCCUCUCCCCAAAGAGACCUCCGUCAUCCGCCACACAUCAGUUCGUGGCCUGAAACGACAGUCUGAUGAGCGGAAGCGUGAUCGUGAGACCGGACAGUACCCUAAUGGAGACCAUAAGGUUGAGAUACGAGCGUUCCUGAGUGAACCUGAACUGCUAGUAGUUGGUGGCUUGAGCCGUGAUAGUGGCUACCAAACUCUACCAAACAGAGGUUUGACAGGCUCAUCUUCAAGACUGAACCAGUCAUCAAACAUUUCAUCGUUUGUCACCCUCAGAAGAGGACUCACCACCACAAGCUUGAAGGAGAGACCAAAGAGUGCCUUGGAGCGGCUGUACUCUGGGGAGCCCGUGCAGCAGCGUGGACGCAUGAGCGCUGAAGAGCAGCUGGAGAGGAUGAAGCGUCACCAAAAGGCUCUCGUACGGGAGCGCAAGAGAACACUCAGCCAGGGCGAGCGGCAGGCAUCCUCAUCUCGUGCUUCCUCCUCCUCCACAUCCAGAACCGUGUCUGCAGACCUGGGAUCAUGGAGGAGAGAGCAGGACUUUGAUUUGCAGCUUCUGGAGCGGGCCGUGCAGGGUGAAGGGAGACCAGUCGAGCACAAAGAGAGACAGCGCUCUCACUCAGACGAAUGGUUCACCCUGAGCAGCACACCCAUGAGAGAGCUAGAUCUGGAGCCUCUGGACUACCAGCUGGACCUCAGCAAAGAGCUGGCAAAGCCACAAAAGGUGGCCAUCCCUGAGCGCUAUGUGGACAUGGAUCCAGAGGAGCCCCUCAGCCCUCAGGAAAUGGAGGCCAGACAUCGUAAAGUGGAACGAAUCAAGAGCAUCCUGGCUAAGUCUAGGGUCCAGAAUAUGCCUCCUCCUGCAGCAGUAGACAAGCCGGUGCUGCCGGGCAUAGACUCGGCUCUCCAGGAGCAAGAGAGAAUCAUCACCAUGUCCUAUGCCUUAGCAUCAGAGGCCUCGCUCAAGAGCAAACAAGUGGCAGCCUCACCGCCGGUUAACAGUCCCACCUCACUCCCUCAACCUCCACCACCUCCUCCUCUUCCUCCCCCCGCUCCUGUUGCCGUCUCUACGGCUCAGUCUGCUCCCCCUCCCCUGAGCAAUGGAUUUCACUACACCUUUGUCUAAUCAGAGAAAAACAAACCAAAGCUGUGUCUGGGUAUUGAGGUGCUGUCACAUUCUGAAAACCCCACUAGUUGUGGACAAACUUAAACUCAGCUUACCGAAUCCCAUCGCUCACAUUUAGAGAUGACGUUAGCGCACUUUUGGACUCACAUGGGAACUCACUUCUGAAAUGCAUUUUUGUAGAGGACUUUUUGCUGUGGAAACUGCUGUGCAUAUGCUGUACAAAAUCUAACCAUGAUAACCCAGAUAGCCAUUUUAUAUACAUUACUGCACUUUUAAUAUGCACCGUAUUGUAGAGAACAUUAAAAGCUCAUGUUUUACUUCUCAAGGCAAGACAGAUGUUUGGACGGAGUUCAGUUUGAAAACAACGGUAAAGUAAUAACUAAAAAAAAAGUAUUAUACAUGUGUAAUGCAUUAUGAACAUGAAGGGUACAAAAAUGUCAUGUCGAUUGUAUUUUGUCAAUUCAGAUGAUAUUCUUACACCAAAUCACUUGAAAUAUUAUUUUUAUGUAUCCAGCACUGCCAGUUUCCAGUUAGCUUGCCAAAUGCAUUUUAUUUUUGUUGACAAAGUUAAGGAAAAAAUAACAUUAAAUAAUAUUUUCAGACAGGAUUUGUGGGGAAGGGGUUGGGGAGGGAAAUGCCACAUACUUUUUUAAAGAAACUGUAAAUAUUAAAGAUAUUAACAAGCUUUUUGUCUUCUGUUUGUGGUCUCAAAGAAUGAAGGAAAGAGAGAAAAGAAUUUCAGCUUCAGAAGAAAAAUGAUGUCAAAUAAGGAAUUUAUGAAAUGAUUUGAAGGUUUUACAUUUGCAUCACAUUAUAAGCAGUCGUCAACUUCAAUCUCACAAAGUAAUUUGAAAUGACACGUUUUGUGAAUAUUUUCUGAUCUCACCUUGUGUUUUAUUCCUUCCAUACAUAUUCGGUUAAAAGAAUAAAAGAAUAUAAUAUAAGGACAUGAAGAGAGAACCUCAUUUUGAAAUUCCUUUUCCACGUAUGUUUUGUAACAACCUCUUAUUUUUAUGAAGAACAAAGGUUUUUGCCCAUAAAUGUGAAAUGUGCUCUUGUCAUUGCUUCAAGGAUUUCCUUUAAAAUGUGCAUUAAGUGUUCUGACCUCUUUAUGUUGUAAGAUGUUAUAAAGAUAAAGGAUUUUAAUUUCA